UCAUAUUUCAUUCCAUUCCAUCUCCAACUUGUUUUGUUUUCUUCUCUUUCCCUCUCUCUCGUUGCCCUUUCAAACUCUUUAAAAACCAGCAAUGCCACCCCGUUAUUUUUCAUUCACAUCUUCACAAUACCCAUUCACUUAACGCUCUCUCUUUUUUACCUUCCUACUCUUUCACAUGGACUCCAAUUUCAACUACAAACCACUCCUCAGGCUCACCUGCUCCGUCCAAACCUACGAUUGGGGCCGACCCGGUCGUGACUCACUCGUUGCCAGGCUGUAUGGGUUGAAUUCUGGUGGCGAAGUUGAGUUGGACAGGUCUUAUGCCGAGUUCUGGAUGGGAACUCACGAGUCAGGUCCUUCUUUUGUGGUUAACAGUGGGUUGGAAAACGGGAAUGGGCCUGAGAGUGGUAGUUUUAAAUCUUGGGUAUUGAAGAACCCUAAUGUGCUUGGUGAUAAGGUUUUGGUCAACUGGGGUUGUGAUCUUCCUUUCUUGUUCAAGGUACUUUCAGUUGCAAAAGCAUUGUCGAUACAGGCUCAUCCAGAUAAGGAAUUGGCAAAGACGUUGCACAAGUUGCUGCCCAAUGUUUAUAAGGAUGACAAUCACAAGCCUGAAAUGGCUUUGGCAAUAACAGAGUUUGAGGCCCUAUGUAGUUUCAUUAGUCUUCAGGAGCUCAAGAGUGUGAUGCAAAAUGUUCCAGAGAUUGUGGAACUGGUUGGCAGUGCAGCUGCAAGCCAAGUUUUACAUAUCAAUAAGCAGGAUGGGGAGGAGAAAGUAAAAUCUAUUCUGCGUUCAGUUUUCACCCAGCUCAUGACAGCUACUAAAGAAAUGACAGCAAAAGCAAUAUCUAACCUGAAGAUUCGCCUGCAUGAGGAAAGUGAGGUGAGACUUCUGACUGAGAAGGAGCAGCUGGUAUUGCGGUUGGAGAAGCAAUAUCCAGGUGAUAUUGGUGUUAUAUCAGCCUUCUUUUUUAACUAUGUAAAGCUUAAGCCUGGGGAAGCAUUGUAUCUCGGGGCAAAUGAACCCCAUGCAUAUAUUUCUGGUGAAUGCAUUGAGUGCAUGGCGACUUCAGACAAUGUUGUCCGGGCUGGUCUUACUCCCAAGCAUCGAGACGUUCAAACUCUUUGUUCCAUGCUCACGUACAAACAGGGCUUCCCCGAAAUCCUGAAAGGAUUUCCUUUGAGUCCCUACAUAACAAGAUACCUCCCGCCUUUUGAUGAAUUCGAAGUUGACUGUUGCAUUCUACCCCAGGGUGCAUCAGCGGUGUUUCCAGAAGUUUCAGGUCCUUCAAUUUUUUUGGUGACAGUCGGUGAGGGAACAAUGCAUACGGCAUCACAAAUUGAUGCAGUGACAGAAGGAGAUGUUUUGUUUGCACCUGCAAAUACCGAGAUAAGCAUAACCACUUCAUCUGAAUUGCAGCUGUACAGGGCUGGGGUGAACAGCAGGUUCCUCCAAACCGUAUGAGUGUCAUGCCAAUUAUAUAUAUUCAUGUGGUUUAUAAUUUGAGUCAUUUUGUACUAUAAUGUAAUAUUAGUCAGUGAGAUAUAGUUAAAGUUAUAUGAUUAAGAUUUGUACCAUAUUCAAAAGUAAAUGCAAGCUGGUUGUCCGAUUCUUUUA